CAACCUCUCUCAACACCAUUUCCGGCCCCACGUUGUACCUUGGUCGCGAUCUCACUCGUUUUCACACACACAAGCCAAGAUGCCUCCCAAGACGGCCCAGUCAAGGGAGUUUGUCCAUCCUGAAGCUUCACACGCUCGAAAAAUAAAACCAAGUCUCUUCGCGCUAGAGCCCAUAUAUGCAUUUUACAUGUUCUUGGCGGCCAAUUUGAUCUCGGCCUUGUUCAACCCGAUCCAGGACUGUGAUGAGACGUUCAACUUUUUAGAACCCACCCACUACCUAACCCAUGGUUACGGCCUGCAGACAUGGGAAUGGUCACCUGCCUAUGGCAUCCGGGAUUGGCUCUACGUACUCCCUCACGCAGUGGUUGCAGGCAUGCGCCAACUGCUCCCACAAGCUACAAAGCUUGGGGGCUUCUACCUCAUCCGCUAUACGCUCGCCUUGGCUUGUGCGCUGUGUCAGACUUUGCUCUAUCGUGUGGUCAGCCUCACCGUGCAUCCACGGAUCGGUGUCUUCUUUGUCCUGGCUAUGGUUCUUAGCCCUGGGAACUUUCAUGCAAGCACAGCAUACCUGCCCUCAAGCUUCACAAUGUACACGGGCAUGUUGGGAGCUGCAGCCUUCAUGGACUGGGCGGGAGGAUUCAAGACCGCUGCUGGUAUAGCCUGGUUCGCCGCUGGUGGCAUCAUCGGCUGGCCAUUCGCCAUGGCUCUUGCCACCCCCUUCCUUCUCGAAGAGGCUCUCCUCGCCAUAACGGCCCUCGGCAACCUUGACCAGUUCCUCUUUGCAGUACGACGAGUCACAAGAGGUGUCCUUGCUGCUGUUGGUAUCCUGGCGGUCGAUUCGCUGGUCAACUCCUACUUCUACCGAGUGUGGGGCAUCGUCGUCUCAUGGAAUAUUGUCAAGUACAAUGUCUUCUCCAAAGGCGGUGGCCCCGAACUAUACGGCACCGAGCCAUGGACGUUCUAUUUCAAGAAUCUGGCGCUGAACUUCAACUUAUGGUUUGUUCUGGCUCUGGUCGCAUUGCCACUCUUUCUACUGCAGAAGAUCGUCGCUCCCAGUGGUCGCGCCUUUUCUUCAUCCCUGCGGGCCAUUGUAUUCCUCUCGCCCUUCUACCUGUGGUUCACUAUUUUUACGCUGCAGCCCCACAAAGAAGAGCGUUUCAUGUACCCUGCCUACCCUUUUCUGGCCCUCAACGCAGCAGUGUCAGCCCACAUCAUCCUCACUGCGGCCGGCCAUGUCAGCAAGAACACAGUGAUUGGUAAAGUUCCGGCAUCCGUCAGGCUCGUCUUGACUGUUGUCGUCCCGUUCUUGCUGGUGUUAUCUUUGUACCUCCUCCGAGUAAUCGGCAUUUACUCAGCAUACGGUGCACCUCUGUCACUGUACGACCCGCUUGGUGCCGGUACUCGCGGGGGAGACGCUGGGCUGCUUGGUGGCCGGGGCGACUCUGUGUGCUUCGGAAAGGAAUGGUACCGGUUUCCGUCUUCAUUCUUCUUGCCCAGAGAUAUGCAGGCCAAGUUUGUACAAUCUGAGUUCCGUGGCCUGCUUCCAGGGCAGUUCCAGAGGAGCAGUCUACUGGAAGGCUUCACCGGCACCUACGUGCUCCCCAGCGGCAUGAACGACCAGAACAAAGAGGACCCGGGAAAAUACAUCGACAUCGCACAAUGCAAGUUCCUGGUGGACACUCACUACCCCGUAAACACGGAGAAGGGGCUGGGCUUGCCGCCUAACGAGCCCGACUAUAUCGCCGACACAGUGAAUUGGGAAAUAGUUAAGUGCAUCCCUUUCUUGGAUGCUGGGAACACCGCGCUCAUACCCAGGAUGAUUUGGAUUCCCAGCUGGAGCUGGAUUCCGGAAAAUUACCAAAGGAAAUGGGGGGAGCAUUGCCUGCUCCAGAAGCGAGGUUAGAUGGAAGAAGCGCCAAGUCACAAGCAGUCUCUAGAGACCUGAAAAAUGCACAAGCUCAAGGCGCAAUUAUAUGAUACGUACAAGACUA